UUUGUCAGCGAAAGGGGGCGUGGAUUACCGUAAAUCCUAAUGUAAUGCAGCUGUUAGGAUAGCCUGCAUAAUGCCAUUGACCACCUUAUUUUUUAUCUUUCCUUUGAGCAGUUUUGCUUCAAAAUGAUAUGAUCUAAUCGCGGAAACAAUGCCAGUAGACCAACAGGAACUCGAGCUAACAUUGGCGCUGUCACUGCUCCUAUCCCGCAUUGACAGCUGGGCUACGGGAAGGCUCGUCGGUGGUAUGUGAUGCGGGAAGAUGCUCAACGUUUUGUAGUGGAAUGAAAUCGACAUUGUGAUAAGGACUUUGUUCAUCUUUUCAUUCAAAACGGAGUUUGAAAUUCGGCAAGGAGAGAUGAAGAAUCUACUCCCUGGGAUAGUCCUGACGUUUUUGGUAUUUUUAGAGUGCAUAGAGGCCAAAAAGUACUGCUGGUAUUUUGAAGGCGGAUACCCCAUCUACUUUAUAUGCCGCUCGUACGAGGACUGCUGCGGGACCCGCUGCUGUGUCCGAGCCCUCUCCAUCCAGCGGCUAUGGUACUUCUGGUUGAUGCUGAUGAUGGGGGUGCUAUUCUGCUGCGGAGCGGGCAUCUUUUUCCGCAGGUGCAUUCACCCCUCGCCCCUCAGCGACGAGCACGCCUUCAACGUCUCCUUUACCAGGCAGCCUGUAUCCACGCCAGUAUCCCAGCAGCCUGGCAUGGUAGGCUAUGGCGACCCCGGCGGCGUCAUGACUUCCCCCCUCACCCCCAUCCAUCCCGGCCCCGCCCAUACGAUGAACGACUACCCUCCACCGCCCUCGUACUGCAACCACCCACCCCCACCCUACGAACAGAUUUUCCGGACACCAGAGAAGAAGUAAGUCUCAGCGGCGUUCCCUCCGUUCCUUCUCCUUCGUUGUGACAUCACCAGCAGAAUGGACAAGGACAGGAGGGGACAGCCACAGUGUGUCAGCCCAAGUGCUCACCUAGGUCACAGGGACAAGAAACUGACAACCACCUAGAGGAACAAACUGUCCUUCCUGAGGACCUGGAUACAGACCGGCUCAAUAUGUCUCCAUGGUUUGGAUUUUCACAAUCAAUCAUACUUUCUAAUUUACACAAAAGCAUAAUUAUUUAUUGAUUGAGAUAUAUAUAUAUAUCAGUCUUUUUCUGCUGGCAGUGUCAUCUUGAUGAGCAUGGUCUGUGACUGAUCUGUCAUGAGGCCCUCGGACUCCUGUAAAUGACACUAAACUGAGGAAUUUCAAUGGAGAAUGCUGACCCAAGAUCAGCAAAUAGCUUUUAGAUGAACAGAUUCACAUUAGUAUUAUGGUAGAGUAAGCUGACCUAGGACCAGGGCAUAAGAACAGACACUGUCUAAAACUGUACACGAGUGACAGCAAAUUGAAGUUGAAGGCACCUUGGAGAAGUUACUACACAAGUUGUUUUGAAUAGCUUAAAGGGUUAAAGACUCUGUUAGGAUGCGUCCACACUAAUUGGGCUGCUUGUCUCCUCCUGAAUCCUGUGACUAUAAACACUCGGGGCAGGAAGUCUGAUCGCUGUGAAGGAGGGGAAACGGACCUGGAUUAAUCAGACCUGGAUUUAUCAGACCUAUUAUGUGCGUUGGAGAGAGCGAUAAUAUGGAGAGGCAGAUUUUUUUUGGUUUGUUUAUUCACAUUAUGGACGCGUGUAUUCCUACUGUGCGGACUGUGGCGAUUCAUCCCUCUGGAUCGGGACGCCACAAACUGGCAAGAAAUCCAAUCAACCAGCCGGACUCCAAAUUGAGACCAAGUCAUGUGGUUUCCAUUGUGAUAAUUUCAGUCAGUAACAGCAUGUCUAGGGUGAAAGCUAUCGCAACCCUGCCAACGCCAUAUUCUCUAAGAAUCCAGUUCCACUCAUCGCCACAGAGGUUCAGCCAUGGUUUUUCAGAGAUCUGGACUUCAGUUUGUAAUGUAAGGAGCUCGACCAGAAUGAGGAUUAACUCAAAUCAAUGCGUUUGUUCUGCACGCGCAUGCAUGCAGGUUGCAACUGGAUCACGUUUCGCUGAGGAACUCCAGGACUUUGUAUACUGGACCUUCGAAGUAUUCACAUCCCCUGUCUUUUUCCACAUGUAGUUGCUACAAAGUGAGAUUAAAAUGAUGUUUUUUUGUCAACGAUCUACACAAUACUUGAAUGUCAAAGUGGAAGAAAUAUUCUACAGCCACCACUAGGCUUGACAAUAUGGAGAGUGGUACUCAGUAAUGUGCUGUAUUGGAUUUCCCCAAACAUAACAAUUUGUAUUCAGGACAAAAAGUUAAUUGCUUUGCCACAUUUUUUGCAGUAUUACUUUAGUGUGUUGUUGCAAAC